ACCAUUCACUUCAUCAAAAUGGCAGCUAACUCCCGUGUCUUCGUUUAUGGUGGAAAAGGGGCCCUUGGUUCCCAAUUGGUGAACUUUUACAAGUCAAAGAACUGGUGGGUUUUAUCAGCUGAUUUGUCCCCUAACGAGCAAGCAGAUGCAAAUGUUAUCAUCAGUGAGCUCAAUGCCUGGACCCUGCAGUCCGAAGAAGUCUACUCCAAGGUAGAGGAGGCCCUCUCUGGUGAAAAGCUGGACGCAAUCCUCUGUGUAGCCGGAGGAUGGGCUGGAGGCAAUGCCAAGUCAAAAGACCUGGUGAAGAAUGCUGACAUGAUGAUUAAACAGAGUUGCUGGACAUCGGUCAUCUCGGCUGGAAUUGCUGCCAGGCACUUGAAGGACGGUGGCCUACUCCAGCUGACUGGUGCAUCACCUGCCCUUGGUGGAACUGCAGGUAUGAUGGGGUACGGAAUGGCCAAGGCUGCUGUCCACCAGCUGACUAAAGGCCUUGGUGCUGAUGACAGUGGAUUACCAGCCAACGCUACAGCUCUUGCCAUCUUACCGGUAACCUUAGACACACCGAUGAAUAGAAAGUUCAUGGCCAAUGCCGACUUCUCCUCCUGGACUACCCUGGAAUACGUAUCUGAGUUGCUAUUCAAGUGGUCUCAGGGAGAGGAACGUCCAGACAGUGGGUCUCUGGUCCAGCUUAUUACCAAAGAAGGAAACACAGAACUUGUCAUGGCCUAGAUAUCCAUCACAUGUCCAUCACCUACCCCCCCCCCCCCCUUAUCUAGACUGACCAUUGUAUCACCUGCGACCGUGUCUGCUUGAGAUGCCUUGACCAUUGACCAGUAUUCAGGAUCAGGAUCAGCCCAAAGAAAAUGUAUCAGUGUGAACCUUGUGUGUUUGUUUGCAUGUCAAAAAGUAAUGAAUAUGUGUAUUACAACUAUGUAGUUGGACAAGUCCACCCCCCCCCCCCCAAUUAGAUGUCCCAUCAUUGCCAAAGUAUUCCAUACCAAUGGACAAAAAUUGACAUCAGAUGUGUCAUUUCACUUCAAAUUUGGUCUGAUAUAAUCUCUAGUACGGCUAGAAACUUCAUACAAUGAUCAGGUAAACUACAGUCUUACAUGAGGUCAGAAACAUACGGAAAGCGCUGGGACUUGCCCAGUUUUAACCGUAUUUAUAUUAGGAGAUCAAAUUGCAACAUUGAAAAUGGAAAAGUAAAACAAAGUCUUUGCCCCUCUGUAAUUAGUUGUUUGAAAUAAAUGUACAUGUAUGUUUCAUAUUUUGUGGUUGAAUUUUAUGUCACAAGGGGGCUUGUCAUAAUAACUUUGUGCACAAAACCAUUGAAAGUCACCUGAACAGUACCCUCAUUUUGUUUUCAGUAAUUGGUUAAACCUUGUUUGUUAACGUUUGAUGUGUGUAGAAGGUAAUGUAAUCUUUGUGGCAUUUCUGUCAAAAUUAACUUUGUUAAGACAAUCAAAUCCAAAAGUUAUUCAUGGAAUACUGAACAUGCAUGCUGAAAAGAUUGUUUAAAACAAAAACAUGGUAUCUUGGUGAUGUCUUUCCUCUUUAUUUAGGGGGCUUAGGAAUUUUAUCUGCUUUUAUGUUGUGUAAUGGUCACCGAAUGAAAUAGAUGGUUAAGGUGUUGGAUUUUGGAUUUGACUUUAUCAUAAUUUUUUCUCUAAAAUGUUGAUGGGUUCAUAUAUCAAGAUGAAUUUCAACAGAUUUUGAUUAAGAUUUGCAGGAAUAGAACACUUUCCCUUUCUUCCUGUCCCCCAACUUAUCUUGUCCUUAUGUAUCAUUUGUUACCUCAAUUAUUCAGUCGCUGUAUAACCAUGCUUAUUAUAUCUAUUCUUGUAUUUGUGGCUCAUAGAGUCUAUUAUUACAAUUCUUACAAGGCUGCAAAGUGAAAUCACUAUGGAUUUAUUUUAUGGACGGUUAGCAAUUUUACGAACUGGUUUAGACGUGAAUAAAUCGCAUGCACAACUUGCCCCAUCAGUAUUUUGUUAUUAUUUUAUUAUUAAGUUGCUCUUUAACAUUCCAAAUCAUUGGUCAUUUCUCCAUUUACUGUUCUGUCUUGUUUUACAUGGUUGGUUUUAUGAACCGUUUGUCGCAUUCCUCUACGAAAAUGUUCUUUCAUCUACUUUUGUGCUAAAUAUAUAUCAAGAUAAUCUGAGAAUCAUGGACGUUUGAAAAUAUAUGCGACGUUUGUUUUCUUUUGUACAACAAUUGAAUUAAUACACAUGAUUAAUGACUCCGAAAAGAAAACAAUAUUUCCGGCAAUUUCUUGUGCACUUUAUUCAUUUGCUUUAUGGAAACGUGAAUACAAUUUUGAUAACAAAAUGUGGAAUUAAUUUUGCUUUGGCUUAAGAAAUCUGUAUUUUUUUAAUUUGAAUUUGGAAUGCUUAUUAACUACUAAGUUUUAUCAAUUCAUAAUGAUGCCUCUCUACAAACAUAAGAAAACUUUGAAUACAAAAUCAUGCGUAUUGCAUUUUGAAUUUCUGCUCUUUUUUAUAUCCAGCAGUUAGUUUUCUUCUAUUUAUCUUUGCUUGGGUGGUUUUCUUGUAAAAUCCAUCAUUAUAUUCGUGCUGCCUAUAUCCUUAAUAUUAUUUUUUUAAAUCUGUAUUUGAUAUCAUUUUUAAUAGUAGGAGAGGUAUCAUGUAUCAAAUGGAGGAAUAUUGUAAAGAACACAGAUUAGUGAGAUGAAUAGGUACCUAGGUUAUCUUGUGACCUUUGCUCAAAUCGGUGCUGAAGAUUCAAAGAAAAGCAGGCAAAAUCGACCAUGCCUGGUUAAUUCCAACUCUUGUUUUCUUAUAUUUCCUUUGUGUGCUGCUCCUUAAAUAUGAAUGGCGCUCUUCAUCAGCCUCGCCUUGUGCAUCAUGGGUAUAUUUAAAUGGAUUUUAAUGCAGCAAUACAAAUUCAUUUGUGAAUUUCUUCUUGUAUUCAAACAAAGUGAAUUGUAAUGUUGUAUUCAUUUAUUAAUACCAGUAGAUGUUUUUGAUUGGUAUAAAUUUAAUAUAAAAGCUGAAGGGUAGACAUCUAAAUGUACUGUAUGUAUGUAUAUUUCAGGGUAAUACUAUGAAUAAAUAAACCUGUAUCAACUUUCGUCUGAUGUUUCAAUGUUAAGUAAACAUGUUAGUUGUGAACGAAUCAUGAUGAUUUUAAUAAAUUAAUGUUUGACAAUUAAGAAUGAUUGUGAAUAAAUUUGAUUGUCAAAGAUACUGGUAUGUCAUGUCGACCCCGUCUUCCGGUAUAGACCAAUGAACCUCCAAUAAAUAUUCAGCUAUAUUCAUUGACAAAUUGA